CACCGCACAAUACAUUAUCCAUUUCUCAAGGAGAGAUAAAAAGAGUUGGUUUAGAUGAAAACACAAAUCCCAGGGAUAGAAAAUGGCAACUUUAUCAGUCCCAGUAGUGAAAUGGGGUUCAUUCCUUCCUAAGCAACAGAAUUCGGCGUAUCGCUGCACAGCAUUACCUUCAGGUGCAAUAAAUUCAAGCUCAAUGGAGGCAACUUCUUCAGAGGAAAGUUUUCUUAAGAGGAGGCCAAUAUUGCUUGGAGUAGGAGGUGCAUUAGUCACAAGUUUGUUUCCUGCAACUUCUGGUUUGGCUAAAGAAGGACUAGAAAACUAUCAAGCUUUUGUUGAUUUAAAAGAUGGAUAUACAUACUAUCAUCCUGAUGACUGGGUGGACUUUGAUUUUAGAGGACACGAUUCCGCAUUCAAGGACCGAUAUUUGCCGUUGCAAAAUGUUAGAGUGAGCUUUAUACCAACUGAUAAAAAAGAUGUACACGAAUUGGGUCCAAUGGAUGAGGUAAUCUAUAAUUUGGUGAAACACAAGUUUUCAGCACCAACUCAAACACCAACCAUAUUUGACAUGCAAGAGAGAACCGUUGAUGGAAGAAACUACUACACAUUUGAGUAUGAUUUAACAUCUAAAAAUUUCUCUCGCACUGCCUUUGCUACCAUCGCCAUCGGCAAUGGGAGAUAUUACACAUUGAUUGUUGGAGCCAACGAAAGACGGUGGAAAAAAGUACGAAACCAACUUAAAGUAGUAGCCGAUUCUUUCAAGGUUCUUGAGAUUUGAGAUAGUGUACUGCUUUUCUACAUGACACUCAAAACUUUUUAUAUGAAACUGAACAUAUGUAAAAUGAAGAUCAAGCAUGUAAAUUUCUUUCUGUAUCUCCAUAGCAUGAUUUAUGAGAAAAAUACAUGGUGUAAGAGACUAAUCUUCCUCACAACCAUCACAAAUGAAGUUCAAAAUUUCUCAACUUA